ACUCGACUCAACAAACGUACUUGUUCAAGAAUCAGCGAGCUUUCAUCUUCGUUCUGUAACUAAUAGUUUGAUGGAGUUUAGUGUCGUUUGCAAAGGCACUUUGUCUAAGCUGAGAUGAGUGAAGAGCUUCAUAUGUACUAGUAGAUGUUUGUGGCCAGCAGUUUCUGGAAUACAUUUUGAGAAUUUUGUAUUUGUCGUGUGAAAAAGCCGGUUGUCUAAAGGCAUUCUUUAUGGUGCGUAAGAUUCUACUCUUUAUUGAUGAGUUUCAAUCAUGAAACAAGCUGCACGCAACUGGCUUCAGCAGAGUGGUUCUCACAAUGUGGAAGUUCGCCUUGCUUCUCUUUCGUCACUUAUAGCAGGAUUUCUGCUACGUAACCGAAUGGUGACAUCGGUAUUUCUUAUUUCUGUGCCAAUUGGAACUAUCGUCCUUUCAACAUUUUCUGAGUAUUUUUUCCAUCGAUGGAACAAGCCGUUCAGGUCUGGUUCGCGUGGUGGUCUGGCUGUUGGCUGCACUCUGGUUCCUCUGCUACUUGUUGCCACGUGUGUCUGUGCUGAAUCACACAAUGCCAGAAAUCUUGACAUCCUCUACUACUACGUCUGCGUGGCAUCAGCUUGCAGUUUGAUGACAAUGUUAUCAACAGUAUGUCUUAUGGCUCCUCCACCUAACAACUAUGGUAUUGUUGUCAUGGCCAGCAUCGUGCUCUCUGCAAUUGGCUGGAACUUUGUGCCACAAUUGCUCCCUGGCUAUUUGUGGUUACUAGUGCCACUCUGGGGUUACUCUGCAAUUGUGCUGCUCUUACUAUGGGCCUUGCCGAACAGCUUCAGCGCUGGAGAAGUGGCCAUGGUUGGACAGGGCAUCUUUCUUCUGUUUUUUGAUGUCUCACUCCAGACCUUGAGGCAGCUGCAUCUGAUGGAUGUUCCAAAGAUGUUCGUUUAUGAUAGGAAUUUGAGUAGUUUGGCAGCAGAGGUAAUGGUCACGUAUUCGUUGAUGGUGGGAGUGGUCAUUGUUUGGCCUUGGACAUCAGCUCUAUCAUCACCAUGGUGCCUUCGUCAUCUCCAGCUGCUCAUGUCAUCACAUAAACGCUGGUCAAUAGUUCUAAUGUGCUGGUUAGCAGCAUCGAUUGUGUUCUUCCUGGCUCCGUGGAUGCAAUUGGUGAUGAACGUGAACAUUGUACUGUGGACGUUCCGUUUUUUAUUCAGCCUGACUCGAGCGAUGCUGUGUGGCUAUUGGGCCAUUUGCCUGGUGGUGGCAUUUUUCCUGGUUCGACAAGGUUUUGUGCAACGAAAAAUACUCCUUGCCAAUAGGUUUCAGCUAAUGAUGUCACGCAAGAAGUUCCAUUUCUUGGCGGUGGCUGUCUUUCUGCCUGGGUUGGUGCUGGAUCAAGAGUUCAUGAUCUUUGCUAGCGGCAUAGCUAUCAUGCUGUUUGUCAUCCUUGAGUAUAUUCGUUCACUGCGAGUUUGGCCGAUUGGGACAACACUGGAUCAGUACUUGCGUCCGUUCGUGGACAGCCGUGACUGUGGCAAUGCUAUACUGACUCACAUUUAUUUGCUGGUGGGAUUUGCAGUGCCAUGCUUUGCCUUCCCUCUGAGUCACUUCAACUCAGCACCGAAACUUGCCACUUAUGCUGGUGUUCUGUCACUUGGAUUUGGAGACAGUGCAGCUAGUCUUUGUGGGAUGCGUUGGGGCCGGCUUAAAUGGUCAAAAUUACACAAGACUGUUGAAGGAAGCCUAGCAUUUCUAACUGCUCAACUCUUAGCAUGCUAUGCCAUUUCACUUGUUGAUAAGAGUGCUUCAACCCACUUCUUUGGAUGCUGGCAGUGUGUGGUGGGUGCGUUGGUGGCAGUGGCAGUCAUGGAAGCGUUCACCGGCCACAUUGACAACCUCAUAUUACCACCGUACCUGUAUGCAUUGCUUGCGUUAUCUGCGAAACUUGAUUCAGCUGUAAGGAGUUUGCUUUAAAGCCUUAAAUGGACCUUCCUCUCUCCUGGACAUUCAUUCUCAUUAGCUGCUCUCUGCGACAACCAUCAUUAAAAUAGUUUUUUGUUCUAGAAUUCUGUAUGUGUGUGUGUUUAAAAAAAUAUAACUGUUAGGUAGGUUUUUGUAGUAGGUCACUCUUUAUUGCUAAGAAUGCAGUCUGUGGUGCAGGUCUUUAAUCUUCUACUUCAGUAGGUGAAUAGACUACAAUCAAUUAA